CUGGCUAAUACUUCGUGACAACGGCAGCGGCUGAGAAAUGCCCAUAGGAUGGAACGAGACCUCUGCGCCGGAGAACAGAGCAGAUGUCAGGACCAAAACGCCGGCAGCGCCGGGCUUCCGGGGCGCGCGGCCACGGAGCGCGCGCAUGCGCCAGGCCGGGAGGGCGCUGUCUCACUUCCCCUAGGCCGCACCGCUGGAGUGGUUUGUAGACUUCGGAUUGCCUGGCGCUGGAAUUCUGAGGCUCCUUCUGGAUGAGACCUCAGCUGUCCGUGCAGCAGAAAACCCGGGGUUCCAGCACGGAGUGGGGAGCCAUUACUCCAGAAAUUUACGGAUAUCCAAAAAUGAUUGAGAUUGAACAGGCAGAAGCCCAGCUCUCUGAGCUGGACCUGCUCACCAGUAUGUUCCCCGGUGAGAACGAGCUCCUAGUGAAUGACCAGCUGGCUUUAGCUGAAGUGAAAGAUUGUAUUGAAAAGAGAACGAUGGAUGGACGAUCUUCAAAACUUUACUUUACUAUCAAUAUGAACCUGGACAUAUCUGAGGAAGAAAUGGUGAUGUUUUCUCUGGCCUGUAUUCUUCCCUUUAAAUACCCUGAAGUUCUGCCUGAAAUUACUGUCAGAUCAGUAUCACUAAGUCGAUCCCAGCAGACUCAGCUGAACACAGACCUGACUGCAUACCUGCAAAAGAACUGUCUUGGAGAUGUCUGUAUACUGAAUGCCACAGAGUGGGUUAGAGAACAUGCUUCCGCCUAUAUCAGCAGAGACACCACACCUUCCCCUGCUCCAGGAAGUACAGUCCAACCAGUUGAUCUCAUUCUCACAAGACUGUGGAUCUAUAGCCAUCACAUCUACAACAAGUGCAAAAGAAAGAAUAUUCUAGAGUGGGCAAAGGAGCUUUCCCUGUCUGGAUUUAGCAUGCCUGGGAAACCUGGUGUUGUUUGUGUGGAAGGCCCACAAAGUGCCUGUGAAGAAUUCUGGUCAAGACUCAGAAAGUUAAACUGGAAGAGAAUUUUAAUUCGCCAUCGAGAAGACAUCCCUUUUGAUGGUACAAAUGACAAAAUGGAAAGAGAAAGAAAAUUUUCAUGUUUUGAAGAAAAAGUGUUCAGUGUGAAUGGAGCCAGAGGAAAUCAUAUGGACUUCGGUCAGCUGUAUCAGUUUUUAAACGCCAAAGGAUGUGCGGAUGUCUUCCAGAUGUUCUUUGGUGUGGAAGGACAAUGACUGGGCAGAGGAGUAGUUGAAAAUAUUUUGUCACUGUUGUCUUUUCGACUCUUUCCCCACUCUUUCUUGAAAAAUGAAGUAAUUUUAUUUUAGCCCCCUUUCAGAACGUUGGGGAGGGGGAAAAGGGGAAAAAAAGGUAGUAUAGCUGAAAUGUAUCUCUAAAAAGAUGUCAGAACUGAAAUGA